AUGAAGCUGGGGAUAUCAAAUUUUGCCAUUGUAGUGGUAAUCUUAUCCACCCUUAAUGCAGUGCUUGGGAUUAGAUUUGUGAUUAAUGGAGAAGAAUGUUUCUCUUACUAUGUUCAGUAUGAAGGGGAUAGAGUCCAUGCUUCAUUUGUUGUGAUCAAGGUUGACACAGCUUGGCAAUAUACUCAAGAUGGUGUAGAUCUUAUGGUAAAGGGACCUUCUGGUGAUGAAAUUCAACAUUUUCACGACAAGACAAGUGAAAUAUUCGAAUUUGUGGCUCGAAACAAUGGUCCCUAUCGCUUUUGCUUCACCAAUAGGUCUCCCUAUCAUGAAACAAUUGAUUUUGAUGUUCAUUCUAACCACGUGUCUUUCGUUGAUCAGCAUGCAAAACAUGAACAUUUGAAUCCUGUCUUAGAUCAGAUAUUAAAGUUAGAGCAAGCUCUUUUUAACAUUCAGUAUGAACAGCAUUGGCUUGAGGCUCAGACAGAACGCCAGGCAAUAGUAAAUAAUGCAAUGAGCUCCAGAGCAAUUCACAAGGCCAUACUUGAAUCAGCAGCACUAAUUGGUGCCAGCGCCCUCCAAGUUUAUCUUCUUCGCCGCCUCUUUGAAAGAAAGUUAUUAAAGUAG